AUGUCUCAGACUGCGACAAUCACGCGCCCUGCCACGGCCUUGUCUGUGGGUGGCAAGUCCAACAGCCCCUCAUCACCCAUGGCUGCUGAAGGCAUCGAGCUCCAGCGCAUGGGCACCGGCCAGUCUGUCGGCAAGGACAUUACACGUCUCGGGUCAGCGCCGCAGGACCCGCGAAGGACUUCUUCAGAAGAGGUCGGAGACGCCGAUGGUGCAGGCCCGCCGCCAGGACAUGUUGCCCAUGGUGAAGUCCAGCGAUGGAACCACCCUCGCGGCAACGUGCCCAAGCUGGCUUUCGCCUUUCUGUCCUUCAUCAUUGCCGGCCUCAACGACGCGGCCGUUGGUCUUGAACAAUACUACGACCUCAACUACACGAUCGUGUCGCUCGUCUUCUUGACCCCUUUUGCCGGCUACUCAGUCGCUGCCUUUACCAAUGCACGCAUCCACAUGAAGUACGGCCAGCGCGGCGUCGCUGUCAUGGCUCCGCUGUGCCACAUCGUCACCUACGCCGUCGUCGCCACACACCCGCCCUUCCCCGUCAUCGUCGUCAUCUACGCCAUCUCCGGCUUCGGCAACGGCCUCACCGAUGCCUGCUACUGCGCCUGGGUCGGCGACAUGGACAAGGCCAACCAGGUCCAGGGCUUCAUGCACGCCUGCUACUCCCUCGGUGCCCUCUUUGCCCCGCUCAUCGCCACCUCCAUGGUCGUCAAGGCCGGCCUGCCGUGGUACACCUUUUACUACAUCAUGAUCGCCAUCUCCGUGCUCGAGUGGGUCGGCCUCACCAUCACCUUCUGGCACAAGACGGGCGCCGUCUACCGCGCCGAGCACCCGCGCCAGGACGGCGCCCAGGGCGCUGGCACCAAGGACGCCCUCAAGAGCAAGGUCACCUGGAUGUGCGCCCUCUUCUUCUUCACCUACAUGGGCGUCGAGGUCGGCCUCGGCGGCUGGGUCGUCACCUUCAUGCUGCGCGUGCGUGAGGCCGGCGCCUACGCAUCCGGUAUCUCCGGCUCCGGCUUCUGGGCCGGCAUGGUCGCUGGCCGCGCCGGUCUGGGUUUCGUGACUGAGCGCUUCGGCGAGCGCCUCUGCAUCAGCAUCUACCUCGUCUGCUGCAUCGCGCUGCAGCUGCUCUUCUGGCUCGUGCCGCGCUUCGAGGUCUCCGCCGUCGCCGUCGCCUUCCUCGGCUUCUUCCUCGGGCCCAUGUUCCCCGGCGCCGUCACCGUCACCGCCAAGCUACUGCCCAAGGACAUCCACGUCAGCGCCAUCGGCUUCGCCAUGGCUAUGGGCGGCACCGGCGGCACCGUCUUCCCCUUUGCCAUUGGUGCCAUUGCAGCGAAGCGCGGUCUGCUCGUGCUGCAGCCCAUCAUUCUCGCGCUCAUUAUCGUCGUCGCCGGCGUAUGGCUUGCCUUUCCUCGGAUCAAGAAACGCCAGACGUGA